GCCAGUUGCGGCAGCGGGAUGUUUUCCAGAUUAUUCGCCAGAAGCGGAUUGUUCUCCCAAGUGAUUGCCCUGGAUUACUCAGAGAACAUGCUGCAACAGUGCUAUGAAUUCGUAAAUCAAGAAGAAAACUUCCCCAAAGAGAAGAUCGUUCUGGUUCGGGCAGACAUCUCUAGACUUCCCUUCCUUUCAGGUUCAGUGGACGCUGUGCAUGCUGGUGCUGCUUUGCAGUGCUGGCCUUCACCCACCUCAGCAGUUGCUGAAAUAAGCUGUGUUCUUCGGCCUGGAGGUGUAUUUGUUGCCACCACAUUCAUCUAUGAGCCUUUAAGUUUUAUCCCGUUCUCGAGGAAUAUUUGCCAGGAGGCGACAAGGUAUUUGGGUUCUCACUUCUUUCUAAGCGAGCGUGAGCUCGAAGACAUCUGCAGAGCUUGUGGACUGGUUGGAUUCAACAAGCGUGAAGAAUGGACUCUUUAUAAUGCUAUCCGCUACAAAACCCAGAUAAGAUUUACCUUUUAACCCACAACAUAAAUGUAGAGGAAAACAAAAUAUCUUUCCUUGACACUGUAUACAAUAAUCUCAUUGUACAGCGUGUGUACAUUUCCUGUACCAAUACUGUUUGAGUGAAGUUUCCUGUUCUUUUUGCUA